GGCACAGCGAACGAGGGGGCUGGGGAGAGAGCGAGAGCGUCACUUUGGCAACUUGGGAACACACCAUCUCUCGUGUUUAGCGGGCAACCUGCAUUUCUCCACAGAAGAGAAACAUCUUUGAAAUAGCGACUAUCCCCAAAAAAAGAAAUCAAACAACAUUCACUGUGGGCUACGAAAAGGGAAAAAAGAAGACACGCGCUCACACAGUGUGGUUCAUACGAAUGGAAAUAAUCCAAUCCUCGGAGAAUUCAGGAACUCUAAAUAACGACUAAAAAGACAAAACGGGGAGAGUGAAAACAGACCCAAAGCAAGGCACGAUCUCAUUCUUGCGUGUUGGGUCUUUCCGAUAUUUGAUAAAGUGCAGAAUAAACUGUAAACAUAGUCUACGUUCUCCUAUCUACGACAUAUUUGUCGUAAGAAAUAAGCCUCCUGAUCGGGACAUCCUUACAUUGCCGUAUUCAUUCAGUUCCUCGUGACAUAGAAGGACAUGUCAGGAGAAGAUCAGAGUUUAUCAGAAGUGGAGAUGAGUCCUGGCGCCUCCGACGAUGCUCUCUCGCUGUCGCCUGGUCACUGCUCAGGAGCAGUGGGCGGGAGCGACUCACCUUUAGCCGCGCCGCAGCAUCAGAUUCCAGGUGUGGGCAGCGAGACAGAUGGAACCACGGUUAAAUCGGACGAAGAAGACGAUCGUUUUACGGUUGGCAUUCGUGAGGCGGUUAGCCAAGUGCUGAAUGGCUACGACUGGACUCUGGUGCCCAUGCCCGUGCGCGUCAACUCGGGAAGCAAGACCAAGCCUCACGUUAAGAGGCCCAUGAAUGCAUUCAUGGUGUGGGCGCAGGCUGCGCGCAGGAAACUGGCCGACCAGUACCCUCAACUGCACAACGCGGAACUCAGCAAAACUUUGGGCAAACUGUGGAGACUCCUGAAUGAGAGUGACAAGAAGCCGUUCAUCGAAGAAGCAGAGCGACUGCGCAAGCAGCACAAGAAGGACUACCCCGAGUACAAGUACCAGCCGCGCCGCCGCAAGAACGGGAAGCUGCCCUCCGGCGCAGAGGCUGACGCGCACUCUGAAGGUGAGGCCAGCCAAUCACAAUACAAGAGCCUUCACCUGGAGCACGCCCACUCCGGGAGAGCGGGGUCUCCAUUGGCCGAUGGGCAUCAGCCUCAUUCAGCAGGUCAAAGCCACAGUCCCCCAACACCCCCCACCACCCCGAAGACAGAGCUGCACUGUGGGAAGUCGGGGGAGGGGAAGCGGGAGGGUAGCGGAGGGGUCCGGGGAGGGCUGGGCCCUGCAGGAGAGGGUGGCUCUGGUUCGGUCGCAGGGAAGCCACACAUCGACUUCGGCAACAUGGACAUCGGCGAGAUCAGCCACGAGGUGAUAGCCAACAUGGAGCCCUUCGACGUGAACGAGUUUGACCAGUACCUGCCUCCCAACGGGCACCCGGGCAUGGGGCAGGGCGGGGCCGGCGUGGGGGCUACCGGGGCGGGGUCCUCUGCCACGCCUUACGCCUACGCCCUGGCGGCAGCCAGUGGACACUCCGCAGCCUGGCUCUCCAAACAGCACCAGCAGCAGCAGCACUCCGCCCUCAGCCCAGACUCCUCCAAGGCCCAAAUCAAGAGCGAGUCUGCGUCGGGGGGCCACUUCACCGAGGCUGCCUCAGGGGGCUCCCACGUCACCUACACCCCGCUGGGCCUCCCACACUACAGCUCGGCCUUCCCCACACUGGCCUCCAGAGCCCAGUUUGAGUAUGGAGACCACCAGCCCUCCAGCUCCUACUACGCCCACUCAGGCUCUCCCUCAGGCCUCUACUCUGCCUUCUCCUACAUGGGCCCGUCCCAGAGGCCCCUCUACACCACCAUCACCGACCCGGGCAGCAUGCCCCAGUCACACAGUCCACCGCACUGGGAGCAGCCCGUCUACACCACCCUCUCCCGACCAUGAGCGGCAGAAGGGCAGGGCAACAGUUUCAAGACCCAGAGGGGAAUGCUGUCGUGGGAUACAUGUGGAAGGACUGUUUCCAGUCAGUUCUUAACUCAGCUCAGAGGGACAC